AUGGUGUCAUUAAAACGAUCCGCACCGGCAGACGACGGCAUUGAGCCCAACCUGUCCAGCAAGACGUUUGUUCGUACGACCAAGAGCGGCAAGGUCCAGAAGAUCGUCCGCGAAGUCUACCUGCGCCAGGACAUCCCCUGCUCGUCACAGCUCUGCGUCGCCUGCCAGGAGAACGCACCGCGUGAUGCGUCAGGGCACGUUUCUCCCUUCGUUCUCAGCGACCGCCCCGCCGGAACGACCGCCUACCCCCAGGGCCACUACCUCGUACCCGAUACCAAUGCCUUCCUGACAGCCAUGGACCUCUUCGAGCAAACCUCGGCCUUCUAUGACGUGAUUGUGCUGCAGGUCGUGCUCGAGGAGGUGCGUAACCGCUCGCUGCCGCUCUACAACCGCCUCGUUGGCCUCACCCGUAGCGACGAGAAGCGCUUUUACGUCUUCUUCAACGAGUUCCGCCUCGAGACAUAUGUCACCCGUGAGCCUAGAGAAACCAUCAACGACCGCAACGACCGCGCUGUGCGCCGUGCUGUCAAGUGGUACGCCGAACAUCUUGCCACCGCAGCGGCUCAUGUCGGCAAGUCCACACCGGCCGUCGUCAUGCUCAGCAACGACCGCGAAAACUUGCGCAAGGCCCGUAGCGACGGCCUGGCCGCAAGCUCGCUGGCAGACUACGUGCGCAGACUGGAGAAUGCGGACGUGCUGCUUGACAUGAUUCCAGAGACACAGGACGCAUCCGUCACAACGGCGCGCGAAGAGAAGAAGGUCGGCGCCAACGGCCCUCAUCUCUAUCCCGAGUACAUGACCAUGUCCAAGAUGAUGACGGGCGUGAAGAGCGGCUUGUUGCACCAGGGCAACUUCAAUGUCUCUCCGUACAACUACCUGGAAGGCUCUGUGCGCGUGCCCGCCUUUUCCAAAGCCCUGCUGAUCCUCGGCCGCGAGAACAUCAACCGCGCCGUCGACGGUGAUACUGUCGUCGUCGAGGUGCUCCCCCGCGACCAAUGGAGGCAGCCAUCAACCAAGAUUAUCGAUGAGGAGACCGUUACAAAGAACGAGAGUGCUGACGGUGGUGAGGGAGACGACGAUGCGACCGGGGGCAGCAACAGACGUGGUGGUGACCUGGUCUCGGCCAAGGAGCGCAAGGCGCUGCAGGAAGAGGUGAAGCGAACGCAUGCCCUGGCCGGCCAAAGCGCGAGUGGAAAGGGCACCAAGAACGAGCCGUCGACCUACGUCGAGCCGACAGUGCGGGUGGUCGGCGUCAUUCGCCGCAACUGGCGUCAGUACGUUGGCCACAUUGACCAGACGUCUGUCAGCAGAGCGACCGGUCAGGGCCGAAAACAAGAAUCGGUCUUUGUUAUUCCCAUGGACAAGAAAAUUCCCAAGAUCCGGCUUCGUACGCGGCAGGCGAGCGAGUUGCUGGGCAAACGCAUCCUAGUCGCUAUAGAUGCCUGGGACCGUGACUCCCGCUAUCCUGUCGGUCACUUCAUCCGGUCACUCGGCGAGCUGGAAACCAAGGCCGCUGAAACCGAGGCACUGCUUCUGGAGUAUGAUGUGCAGUACCGGCCCUUUCCUAAGACUGUGCUGGACUGCUUGCCCGCCGAAGGCCACGACUGGCGCGUCCCUGCAAGCAAGGAAGACCCUGGCUGGGUGGACCGCGAGGAUUUGCGCGAUCUCCUGAUUUGCAGCAUCGAUCCCAUCGGCUGCCAGGACAUCGACGAUGCCCUGCACGCACGCCCUCUGCCCAACGGGAACUUUGAGGUCGGUGUUCAUAUUGCGGACGUGUCGCACUUUGUGCGGCCCAACAAUGCCAUGGACCUCGAGGCGAGCAUCCGCGGCACUACCGUGUACCUGGUGGACAAGCGCAUUGACAUGCUGCCCAUGCUUUUGGGAACUGACCUGUGCUCGCUGAAGCCGUACGUGGAGCGGUUUGCCUUUUCAGUGCUGUGGGAGAUCACGUCCGACGCAGAUGUCGUCGACGUGCGUUUCACCAAGUCGGUGAUCCGGUCUCGCGAGGCAUUCAGCUACGAGCAGGCGCAGCUGCGCAUUGAUGACGUCUCGGAACAAGACGAUCUGACGCGCGGCAUGCGCACGCUCUUGGACCUGUCCAAGAAGCUCAAGCAAAAACGCCUGGAUGCCGGUGCGCUGAGCCUCUCGUCGCCCGAGGUUAAGGUGCACAUGGAGUCGGAAACGUCCGACCCCAUUGACGUGCAGACCAAGGCGUUAUUGGACACAAACUCGCUCGUCGAGGAGUUCAUGUUGUUGGCCAACAUUGCUGUGGCCACCAAGAUCUAUGAUGCCUUCCCCCAGACAGCCCUGCUGCGGCGUCACGCUUCGCCACCCAAGACCAACUUUGACGAGCUAUCGCGGCAACUGCGCGCAGCUGGCCAUGUAAGCGGCAACGAGGACUUCUCUUUGAGUGUCGAAUCGUCCAAGGCCUUGGCCGAGAGCUUGGAUGCUUGUGUGGACCCUGAGGAGCCCUUCUUCAACACGCUGAUCCGCAUCCUUGCCACCCGGUGCAUGACGGCUGCGGAGUACUUUACCGCGGGCGCCUUCGCUUACCCCGAGUUCCGACAUUACGGUCUCGCCUCGCCCAUCUACACACAUUUCACGUCCCCCAUCCGGCGGUACGCGGACCUGGUCGUGCACAGGCAACUGGCAGCUGCUAUUGGCUACUCGUCCAGCGCAACGGCUACACGAGGUCGUCUUACGGCCAUCUGCCGCAACAUCAACAUGCGCCACCGUAAUGCGCAGCUUGCGGGCCGCGCCAGCAUUGCUUACUACGUUGGCCAAGCUGUCCGCGGCAAGGAGACGACGGCGGAGGGUUUCGUGAUGCGCGUCUUCAGCAACGGGUUUGUGGUGCUCGUUCCUCGGUUUGGCAUUGAGAGCCCGAUCAGGCUUCGGGACCUAGCCACACCGGAGCCUGCGGCCAGAUUCGACGCCGCUAAGUACGUGCUCGAGACAAGCCACGCUGUUCCCACGGGCAAGGGCGAUGAGACUUCCUUAAAACCGGUGACGAUUCGCCUCUUCCAGAAGGUCAUUGUACGUAUCAUGGACCACAAAGACGAGACGACGGGCAAGCGGAGCGCACGCAUGGAGCUGGUGUAG